GAGCCGACGGGUCCCCAGAGCCCGCCCGUGACCAUGGAGGCCAGAACAUUCUGGCUGCUGGUGAUGGUCCUGCCCUUGGUGUCCUCCAGCUCGACUGGGCAGUACGUGAGUCUGUCGCCGAACCAGUGCAUGGUCCCAGCCAAGGACAGGGCGGACUGCGCCUACCCCGACGUCACCCCCGAGCAGUGCACCAACCGGGGCUGCUGCUUCGACUCCAGCAUCUCCGGGGUGCCCUGGUGCUUCAAGCCCCUGCAGGAAGCAGAAUGCACCUUCUGAAGCCAUGCUGCUGCCCGACAGCUUGGGAGGGGGACUCUGCCUGGCGCUAGCGCCUCUCCUUUUCUAUCACCUGCUCCCGGCAAGCACUGCCCCUAAUGUGUGAGGCCUGAUGUCUUAGAGAAUAAAGCUCCCGUACUCAGCAUGAGGACACGUCUUCAUUCCUGAGA